UGUCCACUACUAUAUAUAUAUUUUUUUUCUAAAAAAAGAAAGAAAAUGGGUCCGAAUCCAAAUUUCGGUCAAAAAAGUGGAAAAUUUGGAAAGAAAAUUGAUAAAAGAUUCUUAAGUAAAAAUAAAUCCAUAAAACUUUAUAAGGAGAAGAAGAGUAAGAUCGAUUUAUUUAAAAAAGAGGUUGAACAGUUGAAACAAAAAUAUGAACAAAUUGAUGUUCAGACCAUUGAAAAAUUUGAUGAUUUCCCAUUAUCUGACAGAACAAGAAGAGCAUUAAAAGAAUGCAACUAUGUUACACCCACAGAAAUACAAAAAGAAUCCAUUGGUUUUGCUUUGAAAGGACAUGAUAUUUUAGGAGCUGCUAAAACAGGAUCAGGAAAGACGCUGGCUUUUGUCAUACCUGCUUUAGAAUGCUUAUAUUGCUCUGGCUGGUCAAUACUUGAUGGCUUGGGGGUAAUCAUCAUAACUCCCACACGAGAAUUAGCAUAUCAGAUUUUUGAAGUUAUGAAUAAAGUUGGCGUUAAUCAUCACUUUUCAGUUGCAUUGGUUAUUGGUGGAAAAGAUUUAGCAAAAGAAAGAAAACUUCUUGAUAAAUGUAACAUUUUAAUUUGCACACCAGGGCGUCUUUUGCAGCACAUGGAUGAAAAUCCUUUGUUUGAUGCUAUGAAUCUCAGAAUGUUAGUCCUGGAUGAAGCAGACAGAAUACUUGACUUGGGUUUUGAGAAAACAAUGAAUGCUAUCUUGGAAAAUUUGCCACAAGAGAGGCAAACAGUUUUAUUUUCAGCCACACAGACAAAGUCUGUUAGAGAUUUAGCCAGAUUAAGUUUAAAAAACCCAGUUUAUGUCUCAGUUCAUGAAAAUGCAAAGCACACAACACCAGAUACUUUGGUACAAAGUUAUGUGGUAUGUGAAGCUCAUUCAAAAGUGAAUUUAUUAUGGUCAUUUAUUAAAAGUCAUAAACAGCAGAAGAUUUUAGUUUUUAUGGCUAGCUGUAAACAAGUUAAGUUUACUUGUGAAAGUUUUUGCCGCAUGAGACCCGGUGUUAGCUUAAUGGCAUUAUAUGGAAGUCUGCAUCAACUUCGAAGAAUGGAAAUAUAUGACGAGUUUUGCCGAAAAAAUCAUGUUGUCAUGCUUGCCACUGAUGUUGCUUCAAGGGGAUUAGAUUUUCCUAAUGUUAAUUGGGUUGUUCAGUUGGAUUGUCCGGAAGAUGUUAAUACUUAUAUUCAUCGUGCUGGACGAACUGCUAGGUAUCAGAAAGGUGGUGAAUCUUUGCUUGUUCUUUUACCAUCUGAAAAAGAAUCUAUGGUGGAACAAUUGAAAAACAGAAAAAUACCAAUAGAGGAAAUAAAAGUAAAUCCAAGUAAACUGUAUAACAUGCAGAGGAAACUAGAAGCUAUAUGUGCAAGAGAUGUAAAUUUAAAAGAUUCUGGUCAAAGAGCUUUUAAAGCUUAUUUGAAAAACAUAUUUUUGAUGAAAGAUAAGACAGUGUUUGAUGUAACCAAAAUAGAUGCUGAACUUUAUGCCAGGUCAUUAGGCUUGGCAUUUGCACCUAGAAUUCGUUUCUUGGAGAAGCAUUUAAAAGCUUCUGGUAAAGUAUUUGAAACAAAAAGUCGACCUUUUGAUGAAAAAGAAUAUUUGAAAGAGACAAUUAAUUGCAGUGAUGAAUCUGAUGAUGAUUUAUUGAAGCCAAAAGAAAGUGCUCAUCUAGAUCCAACAUCAGGAGAAGAAAGUGAAGGUAAUCAGAUUAUGAAGCCAAAGAAACCAUUGACUAAAGCAGCCUUAGCUAAAAGAAUAUUGAAAAAGAAAAUAAAACCAAAUACCAUUACCAAAUUUGAUGAAAAUGGUGAGCCAAUUCGAGAAGUAUGUGGUAAACCUGUACCUGUAGUUGCACCUGAACUCCACAAACAGCUUCUUGAAGAAGGAUACAGCAUUGAGAAAGCAAAAUUACUAAAAGAAAAGGAAGAUGAAGUUGACAAGCUUUUGUAUAAAGAAAGAGUCAAAUCAAAACAUCGGGAACAGAGACUAAAAGAGAAAGAAAAAAGGCGAAUGAGUAAAUCUGGAGCUGCUGCAAGACUAAAAGAACCAGAAGAUGAGAAUGAACAAGAUAAGAAUGAGAGCUCUGAAGAAGACAUUGACCCAAAUAAUAUGAUGAGUUCUGAAAGUGAACCUGAAGAUGAAGCAUCAGAUUCAUCUGACAAAAAGUUCAAUAAAGAAGAAACUUUAAUGUCUUCUGGGGGAAGCUCAGAUGAGGAUUCAGAAAAUGAACUUCAGUUUGGAAACAAAAGGAAAAUGGGUGUGCAGAUGACACAAUUAAAGAAACAGAGAACAGAUGAAGUUGAAAAAGUGUCGAAGACCAGUAAAUUAAGUCGUAGCUUAGAAGAUGAUGAACAAUUGGCUUUACAUUUUCUUAGCAAUACACGAAAUUAGAGAAUUGUUAGAUUAUUGUAUAUAAUAUAAUUUGUGCAUAUUAUUGAAAAUGUAAAUAUAAAUAUAUUUAUUUUUUACAAUUUU